UAAUGACUCACAGUGUAGAAUGACUGCAAUAAAAAAAAAAAAGAAGAAGAAGCCCAUAAAGACUCCAGUCCCUCUGUCGUGUGUUACUGGACUUCAGCCUGCGGAGGGCACACAGUCCGGAGCCAUCAUCUCCGGUGAUAAGCAGAAGAAGAGCCUCGCAGUGCGGCAGUCGUCAAGCGCUGUCGGUGCUGGCUGAGAGAGCAGUACGAGAUGUGUAGCCACAGAGCCAGGAAGCAGGCUAGCUAUUAUUAGCUAACCUCUUGCUGCUACCGCAAUCUUCCUGCCUGGUGGGUGAGAAACCAGCCACUUUCUGGACAGGUGUCUGGACCGGCCAGAACUGUACCUUUGGUCAGCAUCUGCAUUGUUUGGUCGUAAAUGUGACAGAGGACACCAACACAACCAGCCUCACUAUGGGUCAGGACAGAGGGAAGUAUGAUUUUUACAUCGGCCUGGGAUUGGCCAUCAGCUCCAGCAUCUUCAUCGGAGGCAGCUUCAUCCUCAAGAAGAAGGGGCUUCUGAGGCUGGCGAGGAAGGGGUCGAUGCGGGCAGGCCAGGGCGGCCAUGCAUAUCUGAAAGAAUGGCUCUGGUGGGCUGGUUUACUAUCAAUGGGAGCUGGUGAAGCAGCAAACUUCGCAGCAUACGCCUUCGCUCCUGCCACUCUGGUCACCCCUCUGGGAGCCCUCAGUGUGCUCGUCAGCGCCGUGCUGUCUUCGUACUUCCUGACUGAGCGGUUAAACCUGCACGGGAAGCUCGGCUGCCUGCUCAGCAUCCUGGGCUCCACCACCAUGGUAAUUCACGCCCCGCAAGAGGAGGAGAUCAGCAGCCUCGAGCACAUGACCAAGAAGCUGGUCGACCCAGGGUUUUUCCUCUUUGCCACUCUAGUCAUCAUCGUGGCUCUUAUCUUCAUAUUUGUCGUGGGUCCCCGUCACGGUCAGACCAACAUCCUCGUCUACAUCACCAUCUGCUCAGUAAUCGGGGCGCUAUCUGUGUCCUGCGUCAAAGGACUGGGCAUUGCCAUCAAGGAAGCAAUCGCGGGGAAAAACGUUGUGAGAAGCCCGCUGGCGUGGAUCUUACUGCUGGGUCUGGUGGCCUGUGUGAGCACACAGAUCAACUACUUGAACAAGGCUCUGGACAUAUUCAACACCUCCCUGGUGACUCCCAUCUACUACGUGUUCUUCACCACAUCUGUGCUCACCUGCUCCGCCAUCCUCUUCAAGGAGUGGGGGCACAUGGGCGCGGACGAUAUCAUCGGCACGCUCAGCGGCUUCCUCACCAUCAUUGUGGGGAUCUUCCUGCUCCACGCCUUCAAAGACGUCAGUGUCAGCUGGGCUUCUCUCGCCGUGUCCAUGAGGAAGGACGAGCGGGCGUUUCCCACGGCCAACGGGAUGGGGUCCCACAGCACCUACGAACUGCUACACAACGAGUCCACUGAGGACAUGGAGGAGAGAGAGAUGGGUUUGCCUUUUGAUAGCGUCUCUAGAAGAAACGGGGCGAUGACUUCCUCAUUGGACCAUUAAGGAACUUGUUUCCCCCCCCAGCCCUCUACUGACUCACCAACCAUGGCACUGUUAUGGUAAAACAAUAAGACAAUCAGCUGUUUGGGGGAGUGACUUGGACAGACCAGUGGAUUGUAUUUAAUGUUUUAAUUUGCCUUACUUUUCUCAGAAUAUGGCCUGGUUGUAAUCAGUCAGUUAGAACUUAAUUUCAUUCCUUCUGUAGCGCUGUAAAUAUGAGUUUUUUAAGAAAUGUUUUUGUUAUAUGUACAUGCAUAUUCAUGCACUGACUUACUUUCUAUAAAUCAAACAGAUAAAAGUUUUAAUAUAUAUUCUCUAUAUGAGCUCCUGCUGACAAUGAUGACGACAGUUAUAAACACUAUGAUUUAAGUUUUUUUUUCUUUGUGAUACUUGAAAGUAACAACAACUUUUGUUGGAAGUCGUUCGAACCUUUUUUUUUGUAGCGUUUACAUGAAAAGCUCUCGAGAUGAACCAACAGAUUUGUUACAUAUUUAUUGAAUUAAAAUGAUUAAAACGUUUGAAACACAAGGCACAGUGAAUAAAUGCUUAACAUGA